AUGGAGAAAAAAAUGACGGCAACAACGAUGACGACGACAUACAGAAAGAUUUUCAAUACAAAAAUAAAAAAAAAAGAAACAACUUUGCUGACAAAUUACUACAACAACGACGAUGAUGACAGGGGUGACGAUGGUGACUACAACAACGACGAAGAUGGUAACAGUCACGAUGGUGAUAACGGUAACGACGAAGAUGACAGUAACACCGACGACGAAGAUGACAGUAACACCGACGACGAAGAUGACAGUAACGCCAAUGAUGAAGACGGGUGUAAUGACGACGAUGAAAAUGAUGACAACAUCGAUGGCAAUAACGACGACUGUAAUAACAGCAAUGACGGAGAUGAAAGCGAUGAUAACAAUGGAGAUGAUGGCAAACACGACAAUGGUGAUUGUAACAACAAAGACGACAGCAACAAAGAAGACAAAAAUGACGGUGGCGACGACAGCGAUAAUAGCAACGUAAACGACAGAGACGGUGACGACAACAACGAUGAUUACAAUAGUGAUAGCAAUGAUUACAACAAUGAUGACAAUGACGACGAUGAUGAAAGUGACAAUGGUGAUGACUACGACAGUGACGACGACAACGACAGUAAAUAA